UCGUGCUGCUGGAUGUUUCCCGUCGGACCGCAAACACGGAAGGACAAAACCAUGCGGGUCGCUUCAAAGUAAAAACUUCUCCUUAAACUGAAACGGAUUAAAAACACAUUUUCUGACAUCAGUAACUGCUUUAAAUAAAGAUGAAGUUCAGGGGGAAGAUUAUGGACGUGGCCUGUCUGAACCAUUUCACCCGAGUGAUCACUACCAUCUCUAAGCUGACGAAGAUGUGCGUCCUUCGCCUGACUCCAGAUAACCUCUUCUUCGUCCUGUCGGGGAAGGUGGCCAACGGCGGCGUCAGCAUGUGGUGUGAGCUGUCUCAGGAGAACUUCUUCGACGAGUUCCAGAUGGAGGGCGUCUCCCCGGAGGAUAACGAGAUCUGCCUGGAGGUGACGCCGGAGAAUCUGUCCCGCGCUCUGAAGACGGUGCAGAACGCUAAAGCUGUCAAAUUGAAGCUGACCAAGAAACACUGUCCCUGCCUCACCAUUGCUGCAGAGCUGCCGACCCUGUCCAGCGUCAGUCGGAUCGUGACUCACGACGUCCCAGUGGACGUGAUCCCUCGGAGACUCUGGCACGAGUUCAAAGAGCCCAGCAUGCCCGACUUCGACGUGAGUAUCUACCUUCCUCCUCUGAAGACGAUGAAGAACGUGGUGGACCGGAUGAAGAACCUCUCCAACUUCCUGGUGAUGGAGGCAAACCUGAACGGAGAGAUGAACCUGAAGAUCGACACUGAUCUGGUUUCUGUCACCACGCACUUCAAGGACCUGGGGAAUCCUCCCUGGGGUGACGAAGCCUCCCAGGACAGGGGUCCGUCUCAGAUCCGAGACCCCGAUGCCAUGGCUCAGACCCGGGUGGACAUCAGGAAGCUGCAGCAGUUCCUCAUGGGGCAGCAGGUCAACCCCAGCAAGGCCAUGUGCAACAUCGUCCAUGAGAGGGUGGUGCACCUGAUCCUGCUGCAUGAGGACGUAUCCCUGCAGUACUUCAUCCCCGCCGUGGCGUAGACGCUCUGCAGUAAACAUCCUCUGCUCUCUGUGAAGCCGGGGAAUGAACCUGUGUUACUCCAGGAGGGAAAAGCAUCCCUAAAGACUCCCAACGUCCGGGGGUCUAUUGGACGUUUAAAGAGACUGAGCUGGAAGAACAGAUCCAGGACAGAGAAAGGACAUGGCGGUAAAUACAUGCUUUAUAGAGGAGGACUUUGUUUCAGAAGGAGAUCAGAUUGUUGCUGUUUCUUUCAUAUAUUUUUUUACCACAGCACUUCUCCACAAACCUCCAGGUUGUUAUUUCAUUUAUUUUUGUACUAAGUUUCCUGGAGCUAAAUCCUCCAAAAAUGUUCAUUAAAAAACUAUGUAUGUCUUUUUUUGUUUUGUUAACAUUGGGUAAUUGUGCUGCAUUCAAGCCCAGUGUGAAUAAUCUGAAAAACCAGUGGCACCACUGUAAUGCAAGUAUUAAAAGGGGAUAAACAUGGAAGCACUUUCUGUAAAUGCCACGCAUUUAAAUUAAAAAUGUACAUUUAAAUAA